ACAGGUAUUUCAUAAUUCAAAUCAAAAAAUUUGGAAGAGAAUAUGUCAGAUUUAGAAAACACAGAUACCGUGAUAGAAGAAACUCGAAUUAGUAGAAAGAAAAUGAUCGCUAUCGGCGUCUUCAUCAUUGUGUUUCUUAUAGUUAUCGUCGUUUUAGGAGUCGUUCUUGCCAUAAUUUCACCCACGAUACCUGAGCAAACUACAGAUACUGACAAACUAAUUUCAAGUCAGCAACCGAUCAAUACUUCUGUUGCAAUUGAGACUACAACUGCGCAAGCUACAACAGCAAAUAUGAACAAUAUGUAUAUGGUUCAACAGCCUGUCACGCAAUUUUAGCCAAAAAGACCCUGAACCUACUGAAAAAGGGACAAUGACGACAAGAAAAUUCUUAUUUAUUCGUCGACUUAUUCAAUACAUCAUCAUUACUUUACUAUUCAUCACUACUUUACUUUGUCAUCUUUACUUGUCAAUCGUCAGAACAUGUUUGUUUAUGAACUUUUUAUUGAAUACAUCGCCCAGUAUAUAUUUAAAUUGAUUCAUAAUUAGUAUACAGAAAUUGCAUCUCAUAGCUCACGACUUGUUUGUUCACAUUUCAAGAUGAGUACUUUCAAUGGUUUAAUUUGUGUGGUUUCAGUAAAUUUGGAAUGUUAUUGUGGAUAUUAUCCAAUGCGAAUAUACACAAUAAGUUUUACAACGCGUAAUGAUGUUUUUAAUUACUCUUAUUUGUGUACUUCGUUGUAUUACACGUAUGAGGUAAUGAGAGCAUGCCCCGCAGGAGAAAUCUAUUAUUCACAUUCAAUUAAUAAUACGGUGAAGGGUGAUUUACUUAAAGAUUUCUAAGUACAGAAACUUUAACAUUUAUAUUAAUGAACUUGCUGGAGAAGCUUCUAUGUUCAAAAGCUUAAAGGCGUGAGUUAGUAAAAGAUUCUAACGUGCAAUUUUUGGAUACUCCCGUAGUGUGUACCAGGUUAAGGUUAGGCCAUAAUUUAUUCCGAUUUUUCCUAUUUUAGUUCGAUUACAAUUUCACGGACUGUUUGUGUUAGUCAAUGGAAUAUACCCCUUGCAUACAAGUAUCAGUCCUUUCACACAACUUGAUGUAAAGUAGGCGAACAAAAAAGGUGCGGCCAAUUUGAAUAAAAAAGUCUACUAAAGCUUUCAAAUUGAAAAUUGUAUUACCUAUUGCGAUUUUUAUGAAGAUGGAGCAAUUCUCUCAAAAUGCAACUAGCUCAUAUUACAAUGUAAACGAAACCCAUGAACCAAACGCAGCGAUGUAUUGGACCGUCUUCAUCAUUUUAACUCUUGGGGUUGCAGCGAGUGCAUUGUACCUGUUCGUAGUUUUCAUUCAUAAAGAGAUCAACUUCACUUCACGAAAAGGAGACUCUAAAGCUGUAAUGUUGGCUAAGAUAAUGAGAGUGGUUAAAAUUUUUAUGACAUUACUCAUAUUUCUUGAAAGUGUUACCAGCGCAGGUUUUAGAGUGUUUUCUUAUAAAGGUAUCCCUGGAUAUUGCUACAUCGGAGAAAUAAGUAAGGGGGCACUAGCAAAUGUUGGGAGCCUUACUAUAUAUCUUAUAUUCUGGCUCAGACAAAGAAUGUUAUACAAUAACUCAGUACUGCGGGAUUUGACAAAUGUUUUCACCCGAACCCUAAGUGCUGCUGCGCUAUCGUUGAUUGUUAUAUGGCAUGUUGGUAUCGGUAUUGUAUUUUCUAUGAUUGAUCCCAUUUAUGAGAUUGUAAACUAUGACUGUAAGCUUGUAGAUAGUGAUAAAGUUAUGACCAUGGUAUGGAUUGCACUUUUUAUCACAAUUAUACUUCUUCAAUCCAUACUACUAUUUCUUUUCGCCCACCCGCUUUAUAACCAUCGAAAAGAGUCAAAAUGGAUGGAUAAUGAUACGAAAAACACGAAUGAUAUGCUUCACGUCCUACAGCGGGCGUUUGCUUCAGCGCUAGCGUUUGUCAUUUCCGGAGCUCUAAUAAUUUUUAUUAGCGGAUUUGUAAAACAUGAUUGGGUUGGACCAAUUCUCUACUCCACAGGACAAUUCAUCGACCUUGUUGUUGUUACUUUGUCAUUUACUGACUGGAAACAAACGGUGAUGCCUUGCUGUACUGAACCAAUUAAUCAAUUCUCUACACGCAACACCACACGAACAUUUGCAUUAUCCAUGCGUGUUAUGCCGAAUUCGACAUCAAGUCCGCAGAAAUAAGACAUAUGAAGUUGUAAAAUAUUGAUGAACAUUAUAUCAGAAAACAAUGAACAAAAAAAGUUGUAUUGAAUGUUAAUGCAAAGAUAAACAUUUUUUUCUAGUCUUCUGCCUAAGUUUUAUUACAAACAAAUCAUUUAUCAUUGCAAAAGAAAGAUAAUUGCAUUGGGUUGAUUACCUUACCUCUAAUUUACUUGAAAUGUCGUUUAUCUCAUAGCUUUGUUAUUUUUUUCAGAUUUAAUGUGCUGAUUUAUUUAAAGUGUUUCGUUUUAUUUGUUUUUUCAUUGUAUAUAUAACUUGCUUGUUUAUAUAUUAUUUCUUAUUAGUAAAUU